AGGUCACGUGAAUACACAUUAACUGACGGUUCUUUUCUGGAUAUGGACACACGUGGGGAUUGUCAGACAAGUCGGAAUAUUGAUUAAAAUAGAGAGGUGUUUGCUUCACUGUCUUUAGGAAAACACAAGACAUUGUCACAAGUAAGUUUUAUCUGUGUUAGCUGUGUAAGUCUGGACCUGUGGUUCUGCUCAACAAACCAGCCUGAUGCGAAUCAUUUCUCAAUCCUUGUAAGAGUUGGAGGCUGAACAAAGGUUAACUUAUCUCACUUAACUUGUUCAAAGUGUCACUUAUGGAAUGUGUGCUUCAUAACACCUGUGAGUUUAUGAAAAGGCUCUAAUGUAGGACGGACCUGCUUCUGAGCCGUGUCUAUGCUGUGGAAAUAGGUUACAAGGAUCAAAUCAAAUAGCUUUUUUUGUUUUGUUAGGAGUUUAGGAGUUAGUUGUUAGGAGUUUAUCCUAUGAAAUAGUUGAGAUCAAUGCAGAGUGAAAUCACUGAUUUGUGAUUAGAUUACUUUAGAAUAUGGCAUAUUCUGCUGUAAAUGGAACAGGGGAAAUGAAGGAUAAAAUGAUGACAAACUGUAAUAAAAGUGAAGGAGAAAUCAAGGAACCACCUGAGCAUGAGCUCAACUCUACGAAAGUUGAGCUGAAGACUGAGCAGCAAACACCUCUGGCCUGGAAAUGGUCAGUCACCUUCCUUUGUUUUUAUGGCUUCAUGGUUCAACUGAAGCCAGGCGAGUCUUUCAUCACUCCUUACCUCCUUAGCACGGAGAAGAACUUCACCAGAGAGCAGGUCACAAAUGAGAUUAACCCAGUGCUGUCAUAUUCAUACAUGGCUGUACUGGUGCCUGUGUUUCUGCUGACAGAUUACUUGCGCUAUAAGCCUGUCUUGGUCCUGCAAAGCAUGAGUCAUGUCUCUAUUUGGCUCCUACUGCUGCUGGGCACCACCUUGUUGCAAAUGCAGUUCAUGGAGUUCUUUUAUGGCAUAACGAUGGCGGCACGUGUGGCCUACUCCUCUUACAUUUUUUCACUUGUGCCAGCAAAUCUGUAUCAGCGUGUAGCAAGUUACUCACGCUCCUCUGUGCUGCUAGGUGUGUUUAUUAGUUCAGUGACAGGCCAGCUGUGUAUGUCACUAACUGGCAUCUCAUACAAUACGCUAAGUGCCAUCUCAUUGGGCUUUGUCUCUUUCGGCCUGUUGCUUUCCACGUGCUUGCCUUGGCCAAAGCGAAGUCUGUUUUUCAACCAGAACAACAAAAAUGAAGAGAAAACUGCGACUCAGUCAGAACUUGCCAAAAUGAAACCCGAUGAAAUGAUUACAGAAGGUGAAAAAGCUUUAGCAGGUGGCUCUUGCAGUCAGAAAACCUCCUCCAGCAUGAAUUUCAUGUUAAUUGGAAUGUUGAAGGAGAUGUGCAAUGUUGUGAAAGUCCCCAACCUGAGACUCUGGAGCCUGUGGUGGGUGUUCAACUCCACUGGCUAUUAUCUGGUGGUGUUCUACGUGCAUAUCUUGUGGAACACGUUGAAUCAAGCCACAGAUCAGAAGCAUGUCUAUAAUGGAGGAGUUGAAGCGGCCUCGACUCUGCUUGGUGCGAUCACGUCAUUUGCAGCAGGAUUUGUGAAGAUUAGGUGGACAGUCUGGUCCGAGCUGGUAAUUGGGGUGAUCACUGCAACCCAGGCUGGUUUGCUUCUUCUCAUGGGCACCACCACCAACAUAUGGGUGUGUUAUAUAACCUAUAUCCUCUUCAGAGGCGUCUACCAAUUCCUGGUUCCUAUUGCUACUUUUCAGAUUGCCUCUUCUCUCACUAAGGAGCUGUGCGCUCUAGUCUUUGGGAUAAACACUUUCCUGGGAACAAUCUUGAAGACUAUUAUUAUUCUCAUUGUGGUAGAAAAAAGGGGCCUGGCUCUGCCAGUACACUCCCAGUUUUUUGUGUACUUCUUUUACUUUGGCGUGCUGACAUUGGUGUAUUUGGGCUGUGCUGCAUGGGUUAUCGCACGUCAUUGCCGCACUCGGGAGCAAGAGCAGGUUCCCACUGAGGCGACUACGCCAAUUGAGCUCAGCCCUGUGAAAAAAGAUCUCUCCAAUGGACCUGUCAGGACCUGAAAAUGAAGUGACCUCUACAGUCUUCAUAGUAAGGUUCUCUCACAUGGGAUUGUUUGGUUUCCUUCUUUUAUGAGGUUCUUUGAAUAACUGUGCAUUAUUCAGACACAUAAUAUAGAGAUGCACUUUUAUUUAAACUCUGAUUAUUUGGGUUUAGUACACCUUUUUAUCUGUGCAUUUUAUAUUAGGCAUUGCAAAAAAAGGCAGAGCGUUAAGAGAUAAGUAAGAAUUUGUAUCACAUUUUUUAAUAUAUUAAGCCACUAAAAAAAAAUAGGAAAUGGUUACAGAU